AUGAUACUCAAUAAGCUUAUGAUAAGAGGCAUACGCUCAUAUUCGCCAAACACAUCCAAUGUUAUACAAUUCUUUCCGAUGACACUCAUACUGGGCGAAAAUGGUACAGGCAAAACGACCAUAAUCGAGGCAUUGCGCUACGCAAUCACCGGCGACCUGCCUCCAAUGUCACGUGGCGGUGCAUUCGUCUAUGAUCCGAUGCUAAACAGUUCCACCGACACGAAUGCACAAAUAAAAUUGAAAUUGUGCGAUCGAUACGUUGUUUCCCGUUCACUGAGCCUUACGCACCGCAAAUCAAAAAUUGAACAAAAGAACACCGAAAACGUCUUCUCAGUGAUCGUGAACGAUGUUGCUAGCGAAUCGUAUGGAAACAACAUGGAAAAUCUGUGUAAUAACGAGGAACUGGGCGAUGCGCUGGGCUGGAAAAAAGAUGAUGGAGCGAAUAACAACGUGGAAGGAAUAAAAAAAAGAAUAAAAUCGUUGAGUGGAAAAGCUGCAGAUAUUGACAAGCAGAUGCUCAUGGUGUUGAACACCAACAAGCCGCUUCUUGACCACGUAAUAUUCUGUCAUCAGGAGGAGAGUACCUGGCCAUUGAGCGAGCCAGCCAAUUUUAAGAAAAAGAUGGAUGAUAUCUUCUGCUCGACGGUGUACAUUAAAGCAAUUGAAAACCUGAAAAAUGUACGAAAAGAGAAAGGUAUGCAGCUCAAAAUGAAGUUACAGGAACUGAACUUCGCCCUGCAGGCCAAGAAGAAGCGCGAGGAGCUGCUCGCCAGGUUAGAGCGUGCGAACGAGGAUCUUAUGAACAACCGUGGCACUAUUUCCAACCUGGAGGGCAAGUUGCGGGUAUUGAACGAGAAGAGGAGUGCCCAACAGAGAAUUAUGGAGGAAAUACGCGCACAAAGUGAGAAAUUGCUUGUAUUGGACGUUAGGCUGAGAAAUACGAGCACUAAAUCGAUGGAGAUAAUUGCGGACGAGGUGGUGGACAAGUAUAGAGAUUAUAUGUUAGAUGAGCAAGCAGAAAGUAAAGCAAGGAAUGAACUGGAGCGGGUCAAGAAGGAACAUGCAAGAUUUAAAGAAGAGCAGGAGAGGGCCGAAAGAAUAAAAAAAACGAAAGAUGAGUACGUGUACAAGAAGAAAGCGCUCAUUGAGGAUAUCAGGAGUAUAAACAUGCAUAAAAAUGUUUGUGACCUCAGAAUAUUUGACAAUAGCGAUGACUUGAGUAACGAAAAAGGUGUGGUGCGUUCGAUGCGGACUUUUUAUGAAAGAUUUAGAGAAAUUCUUAUUGAACGGGACCGAACCGUAUCAGAAACGGAUAAUGAUGCUAAAGAACUAGAAAAGGAGUUAGAAGCGCUAAGCAGGGAGGAAAACAGUCUGGAAUAUGCUCUAAGGGCAAAUACCAAUGCUGUAAAGAACACUGAAAAGAGUAAAUUUGGAACCAAUGAUUUGGAGAUUAGAAUAAACGAAGCGAAAGCAUUACGAGAUUCGAAGAGCGAAACAGUCAAUGCAAUACACAGAGAUAUGGACGGGUACGUGGAGCAGAUAAGAAUGUCCAAACGUAAAGAUGAAAUUGAGCAGUAUUUAAGUGAUAAUACAGGUAUAGAUGAUGGUAUAUGCAUAGAAAAGAUAGGAGAAGAGAUAAAAGCAUUUAAAUUGAUGAAACAGGGCAUAUUUGCCAACAGAGCUGCAAUGUCGACCGUGCUAUCGAGGAUGCGGGACCUUAACAUCAAUUAUUUAUCGGGAAACGGAGAAGAAAAACUAACCUGUGAGAACAUCGAAGAACUCAAUGAGAUUCUUAAGGCUGAUCAUAAGAAUGCUGAUGCAAGUAAAAUUGAGUAUGAGCACGUUAGGAGGUUCUUUGAAGAAUUAAAAGAAUGUGAUCUUGUGGAAAUACCGUAUAGCACACUCCGAGAAUUGGAGUCUGCCAUUUCAUCGAAUAAGAACGCUGCCCACAUUUACAAGGACCUGAAAAAGCUUGGCGAAAAGAGAAAUGCGUGUGUACUUUGCAAUAAACCAUUCGUUAACAACGAAUUGACCACGUAUCUUGCCAAAUUAGAUUACGUCAUCGAAAAAAUACCAGAGAAAGAAAAUGAAAAAAGGGAGGAAUACAAGAAAUUGAUGGAAAAGGUUGAAAAAGAUGAGAAAGAAAAUGCUGUCCUCAACAAGUUUAACAAUUUAUUGCGGGAGAUCAAAGGGAUUGGAGAAGUGGAAUAUGGCGAUGAUAGUUUCUGCGCAACUUGUAAAUAUUCGAAAAAAUUGUGCACAGAUACGAUGGCAAGUCCUCAUAAGGAAUGCAAAACAGGGCUUUAUAGCAUUUUAGAUAGGACGAACAGGUUUGAAAUUGAACUGCACGGCAUAAAGCAGGACCUGCGUGAAAUAAUAGAUGUAAAAAAGAUAAAAGAAGAAAUCGAAAAUUACAACCGUGAGAUCAAAGGCUUAGAGGUGGCGCUAAUGCAAAAUUUAGAAUAUGAAAAGGAUGUUUUGCUGAGAAACAAUAUUAAAAAAUUGGAAAUAAAGAUUGCUAGGUUGAACGAGGAUAAACUUGAGAAGUUAAAGCAGAAGGAAAGAUUGAUCGGCAAGUUAGAGGAGGAUAAAGCAGAAUUAAUUGGUGAGACUGCCAGAAUGAACCUGCUGAAACAAAAAAUUGGGGAGUUGGAAGGUUACUUGGGCAUGAUUGAAAGUUCAGCAAAUGUGAUUUAUCAGAGUUUCAACGAGGAAGCGUAUUUCAAACAGAUAUUGGAUCUUAGCAAAGUGCUCAGUGAUUAUGAAAAUGACAAGUUUAUGACAAACAGGGUAUUGGAAUAUCUGAAACACAAGGAGGAAAUGGAAAGAAUAGACGUGAUAAAAGAGGAAAUUGUCAGCAUAAAAUUGAGCAUACAAAAAAAGAAACAGGAAAUGAUGGCGAUCAACGACUCAGACAAGGUUAAAGAGAUACUUUUGUUGCUUGGGCUAAGCGACAUAGGCACCGAUGAAAUAAUAAAAAGUGUUGAGAAGGAGAUCAACACACGAGAAGGAACAAACAAGCAGCUCACACAAAAUGUAAAGGAAUAUACACUGCAGCUGGAGGAAAAAGGUCCAGAUUACUCGGAGAUCUACACACAUACUAAGAUACUGGACAUUAUGUUAAAAGACCUGGAUAAGUCGAUCAAAGCAAUAGAGAAAAGCGUUCUUAAAUACUACGAGAACAAGAUUGAAGAGUUGAACAGAAAUUUGAAGUACUUAUGGUCGAAUACGUACAGAGGAAACGAUAUCGAUAGGAUUGAACUGAAAGCUGAGAUCACGAGUAGUAAGUAUUCGUACAAGCUGGUGAUGUACAAAAAUGAUGUUGAGUUGGAGAUGCGGGGACGGUGCUCAGCGGGUCAAAAGGUGAUUGCGUCGCUGAUAUUCCGGUUGGCACUGUCCAUCACUUUCUCUUGCAAUUGCAAUAUGCUCACACUUGAUGAACCAACCACAAACUUGGACCAGAGCAACAUUGAGUCGUUAGCACGAACCUUGAAGUAUCUGGAAAGAAUGAGCAAUUUGCAACUCAUAAUAAUUACGCAUGAUGAAGAAUUUCUGAAUCUGGUCAGCAAGGAUUCGGUAGAAUAUUUUUAUAAGGUAACAAGAAACAGCAGCUGCGAAAGUGUAAUUGAGAGGCAUUCGGUGUAUUAG